ACUCACUCAACAUUUAACUCAUAAUCAGUGUGGCCAGCUCUUAUUGUCUGCGUUUCUCUAGUUUUUUUCUAUUUGAACAGCUCUUUAGCGUUAUUGAUCACCGAAAAUAUAAAGGGUAAAAUGAUUCAGUAUAGAUUCCUUACGCACACAGUCUUUGUGCCAUUGAUUUCAUUUGCAUACAGUGUUUAGUCAAGCUGCCAAGCUUCACAAAGGCCGGACUUAAACAAAGUAAAUUGAGUGUGGCUAGGGCAUUUUUCGAAAAAAGCAAGAGCUUAUUAAAUAGUGAUUUGGGUAUAUUAGUUAUUAGUAAGGCCAUCCGCACACACAAUCAUCCUUUUUUGGCCGUAAUACUUCAUUGUGUAUUUACCCCUUUUAUUACAUCAGUGAGCGCUGAAGUACCCUGCGAGCAUAACAGAACCCCAAACUAUAAACAAAACUUUGCGUAUUCGCAAAAAGGAACUGACAAUUGGGGCGCAGCUCUUCUUAGGCGCACUUAAACCUGAAAGAAAUAAGGGUUUUUUUUACUACUGCCAGAUCAGCGUAGGGAGCGACUGCUACUGCAUGAUCUGCAUUUAUGCGAGAAGGCUAGGAAAUGUUUAAAAAUGAUCAGCUGAAAUCAGAAUUACGCCAGAAUGCAAUGCGUAUGCCAUCAAGACGCACCACGCAACCGAACAAAAUGCAAUGCACAGUCGCAAACUGCCAGCAAUAUGGAGCGCUCAAUACUGGUUUUGGUAAGUUUGAUGCUUAUAAUAAUCCUCAAAACUGUUUCUGAUGAAUGCCAACCAUUGUGUAUUAGUACGUUCAAUCACUUCUUGAAAGAAAUGUUAUGACAAAUAUAUUUUCUCCGAGAAUGCGGCAAUAUCGAAAGGAAGGGUUUCAAAUUUCGAAGAGUAUUUCUAAAAUCGUAAACACAAAUUUGUUCCUUGCAAUAUGCCUUUUACAGUAUUUGAAGAGUUUUAAUGUUGAACACAGGCUUAGCUUUUUUCAAACUUUCGGAACCUAGGGACACGGGAGGAAAAUUUCGACCAAUCUGAGCGAAACUCAAAAUGACUGCACGGACAUUUGAGUUUUUUUCUUUUGACCAAACUCUCUAUUAUGACGUAGCGCGAAUUGUUCAUGAAAGAAUUUAUUGUUACCUCAUUCCUCUUGUCAAAAUACGAAUUAAAAUGCCAUUCCUUUGGCUGCCUAGUAUAGAAACGUUGUAUGAUUCCCCUUUGAAGUUAGCUAAACCCACUGAGUUGUCUGAGGUGAUCACGCAUGUUUAUGUGAAUUUAUUUCGCAGGCCUGAGAAUCAUUCUCAUCAGACGUAUUUUUCUCUUCUUCCCUCUGCUUAGGUGGAAGAAGCAGGGUUAGUCCUGUAAGCAAAUUAUCUUUCUUCACUGGUCAUCCCUGCUAAAGUUUGAUUUGGAAAGAGCGGAACCAGCUCCAAACUCUCGCUUAGUGGCCGUGGACCUAUUCCGGCCAGAAUGACUAGAAUGAACGUGUGUACUUCGUUUGUGAUAAUCAUUGUUGCAAUAAUCCAGAUCUGGUUGAGCAAAGCUUAUGAACAGCAGUAUAUUGAAAAUGGAAAGUCUCUUAUGGAGGAAGACGACGACCUUCCUAAUGACCCUUACAUGAGCUACCUACUGUGGCCACACUUUCACUUCAGUGGCACUUUUCGUGCUGAUAUAUCAACGGUCAAUAAUUUUCCCUACAACUACGACACUGAAACCUUUGUAGCAGCCAACCUGUUACAAAACCACAGUCGUAGUUGGAACCCUCGUGGCAGCGGUGAAUGGAGUGUUACUGGGUCAGUGACACACGUGUGUUAUGCCAAUGGACAUUGUGUGGGAGAAGAUGAAGGGGAUCAGAAAUCUGAACCACUCCUGGGAGAAAAGAUAAUAGAUGGUGGCAACCAAACGUGGGCGAAAUUGGUCGACUUGGAUACCCAGGCACAAACGUUCUCUGAGAUGUGGGGCUGGAGGAUUCGAAUCGGGAACCUGUUUUCUGCUGAUUAUACUCCAGUUCCCUUCCAGUACAUGUGGAAAAAAGUAGCAGAAACGCCACAAUUUGGAAGUCCUUAUGGGGCAGCUUACCAGUCAGUGUUGACGAACAUUCGGUGGAUAGACAAUGAAACUACCUCGCCUUUCGUCAGACAGCUCCAAAAGGCAAUGGUCAAUGUUAACAUUACCAGCGACAAAUUAUCGAUACGACUUAAUGUAGAUAUCUACCAGAAGAAUUUUGAGAAGGACAACUUUACCACAGGGAGAAUUACAGGCACAAUUGGUUUGUUAGGGAAGAAAUCACCCCCGUUCUUUACUCUCGGCCGCAUGAUGAAGUCUUUGGUGAACAAUCUGCAGGAUACUCCGUUUUAUGUCGAUCAACGUCUCAGGAAAGUCUUUGUAGACUUUGGAAACAGUUUACCAGUAUACGAAAAUGGAACCCUUGCUACCAGCGGCUUUGAGGGUCUCCUUGUUGCUUUGCCUGUAAACGAAAAUCCAUCGCUGAGUUGCUCUGAUGAACUGCUAUGGCUUGGAACGGUGUAUGAUACGUAUCCCAACUGGUACCAGAACUCCGCUGGUGUCCAGAUCUUCCCGGCCCUGGGAUCUCUAACAGCAGACGAUAUGGGGAAACUAAACAACCGCCCCCUCGUUGUUGCUGAGGCAAGUGGCAAUUUGCCUGUGCUCAAAUGUAAAAGAAUACUACUCGCGGAAGCUGAAGAUGGUAUUGAUAUUCAUCCGCUCAACAAAUGGACAUUUCGAAAGAAUCCUGGUGAAAACGCUGUGGUUGAGUUAUUCGCUACAAAUUUUGGAAAACCUCUUCAGGACGCGAAAGUGCUAAUAGACCCUUGCAAUUGUGAGAACAUAUUCUCACCCGAACCGGAGGUUGGCCAACCUCCUUUGCCUUGUACAACAGAAAUAAGAACAAACAAGACCGGAAUCGCAACGCUUUCUAUCGAAACUAAGGAUCCACAAAAUUACAGAAAAUAUAUCGAUGGACAAAUUUACCCAUUCUUCUACUCAGUGGAAGGACAGACCAGUAAUUGCUCGAGCAUGUGUUACGGCAACAAUCCUUUGAUGCUACUUAACUCGGUUUUUGUUCUUCUUGUAUGGGACAACUAUACACGCAAGGGUGAAGAAGCAACCUGGUUGGACGAUGUAUACCCCAUAUUCAAGCAAUACGCAAAUUUGUAUCCAGUGAUGACUGAGAACUUCGUAGAUUUAGGAAAUUAUUACGAAGUCAAAGAGCACCUUAAGGCCAUCAAUAUGACUUUGAGACUGCCUAUGUCUCAUCCAAAUCAUAUGCCGGUGACACGCGAUCUAUCAGCUUCCAAACGUCAGGUUAUUCUCGAAUGGCUUUCCAAUGAAAAACUACCUAAAGGUGAAGCGCAGGAUUACUACUCGGUAGAAAACCUCCGAAGAGACCUGCAGACUGCCAUAGAAGUGGAACAUUCAACUAUUCCUCCAUACUUGACUGCCUUGGCAUCUAUCAAAAAUAGCUUUAACCGUGAAAUCCACAAGGUGAUAAGAAGCAUAGUCAUUGAAGAGAUGAUGCAUUUGACGCUUGUCGCUAACAUCCUUAACGCUGUUGGAGGGAAACCUUUGCUGUAUUCAAAGGACUUCCUUCCACACUAUCCCACCCGUAUGCCAGGUGGACUUCAGCCAAACUUAAUCAUCCCCAUUGAAAAGCUCUCACUUGGUCUUAUCAGGAACAUUUUUAUGAAAAUCGAGCAACCGACAAUGGAGCAAAAACUAGUUUCUAGUUACAAACACACAUAUGAUUACGCGCGUCGUCAUAGAAUCAAGAAAGAAGAAGAAGAACACUGCCACAAAACUGAUGAGGGGACCAGCUGCAAACCUCCAAAGCACCAAAGAACGUAUUCGGAUCCCUUGAUCGAUGAUGUGAGAGAUUCAUGUAUUCUUAAAGAUUUCAAUGAUGAAAAGGAAAAGAGGAUAACAAUAAAGAAAUUGAAGCAAGGUCCUCAUCCUUCAGACGAUCUAAAGAUUGUGAAACACCAUAACACAAUAGGUAGAUUUUACAUGCACAUUUUGAAUGCACUCGGUAACCUCACUGAUUGCGGGAAAAACGAUAGCAUAUUCACUGGAGACCCGAGCCUACAGGUCGACUUCAGAAAAUAUUCGGUACACCAUGAAGGCAUGAAGGUAACCAACUACUCUACGGCUGUGGAGGCCAUUCGCAUGAUCGUCGAUCAAGGUGAAGGUAGUUCAGUGUGUAACCCUCUUGCCUGGAGUUAUUAUGGUACAGAACAGUUGUCCCAUUACUUCCUCUUCUAUUCCGUUGUUGAGAAACACGAGCUUCAAGUUGUGAAUUCAACGAAGGCACCAGACAACCAUUAUGGCGAAUUUGUACUAGAUUACUCAAAGAUGUGUAAUAGCACAUACUACUUCAAUGGAUCAGAUAUUCCAUUCGAUCCUGAAGGUGUCUGGCCAAUGAUUCCAAAUCCCCGGAUGACGAAAUACGUUAAAGGGUCCAAGGCCUAUAGACAGGCAGUGAGGUUCAACAAGGUCUACACCAAGCUUUUAAAAUCCCUGGAGAACGUGUUUAAUGGCCGCCCUGACACGCUGGAUGAUGCUUUGGGGCUUAUGUAUUCUGUUGACCUCCACUUGACUAACCUACUGCGCACGCCUGUUGAAGACAUUGGAGACCCGUAUAUAGGACCAAAUGCUGGCCCGACGUUUGAUUUUACACCCGAGUAGAAGACGUCUCCGUGUUAUUCAUCGCAUGCUUUAUCCUUUAUUUAUUGCUGGCCUGUAAUUUAUAGUUGUGGUGCAUAUGUAUGGCUUCAGUUUUACUGCCAUUGUAGAACAGAAUUAGAUGCCUGGCAGUAGAAUAGCGAGUAAGUAAGUAAAUUAAGUCAGUCAGUCAGUCAGUCAGUCAGUCAGUCAGUCAGUCAGUAAGUAGGCAAAUUCUUAUUUUAACGUGGGUGAAGAACUCACCACUUUUUUUUUCUUUGCUUUAUUUAGUAUAUUUUACGACACUUAUGUUGAAGCAUAUUUUAUAACAUUUUAAACAAUAUAUUCACUUUAUCAUAGUACUACCGUGAACGCUCUAAAUAUGUUAAUAAAGUAAGGCCGGAGUCGGAAAAUCGGAACGUGCAAACUAAGCUUAGGCUAAGUCAGUUUGAAACGAUCAAACAAACAACCUCGUCCCUUGCAGGUAAUUGAAAUAACUUUCCCUCAGGAACAGUUGCAUCAGGCGACAGCCCGAAAUUUCCGCAGAUACUAUCAGAAGGACAAGGGCAUGUAGCUGCUUUGUCUGAUAAGAUUGUAAGCUUGACCCGUUGUGAGUUAUUUUAGCAUGGUUAACAGUAGUUUUAGCUUCCUCACGUCAGCUCCCAAACGUUUGUGUAAAGGAACGUGGAAACUUUGGUUUCCGUUGCUAGUAGUUUAUCGAACAUUUUAACUAACUCGAAUUUAGCUAAGGCAAGUAUUUACCGCAAGUAUUUACCACAAGUUUUUUCGGCUUUUGUUACUGAUAAUUUUAGGAUCACGUUUGUAUAACUUUUUAAGCUCUUUGAGCUCUUUUGAGGUUUAGCUUUCUCACUUCAGCUCCCAAACGUUUGUGUAAAGGAACGCGGAAACUUUGGUUUCCGUUGCUAGUAGUUUAUCGAACAUUUUAACUAACUCGAAUUUAGCUAAGCCAAGUAUUUACCGCAAGUAUUUACCACAAGUUUUUCGGCUUUUGUUACUGAUCAUUUUAGGAUCACGUUUGUAUAACUUUUCAAGCUCUUUGAGCAGCCAUGGCUGCGCUUGGCACUGACACCUUACUCUCGAAAGUGCUUUACUUAAGCGGAGCUUGUAAAUUUGGUUACAUUCACUUAUUCGGGAGUAGUUUUAAAUGUACGUUAAGGCGCUCUGGGCACGUAUUCAUCCGCCUAAGACUGUUAUCUCCAUUUCCUUUACUUUGUUCCACAAAGGAAACGUGCCAAUUGACCAAUUACAGCUAAGCACGAGCGCACUUAACCGUCA